CGCUAUCAAGACGGUAUUUGGCGAUAAAAAAAAAAAAAGUAAAAAAUAACAUUUAAAACAGUAAACAUCGCUUUGUACGAAUUAUAAAUUUAAUUAAUAGGCGUUGGCGAAGAAAUACCUUCAACAAGUAGCUAGAACCGCGUCGUCGCGGCAGCAUACGUUGAUAGUUUGAGGCGGACACUCGUCGUUUCUUCGAGAUCAUGGCCGCAGUGAUGAACAGACCGAAAGUGGACGAGACCAGCAAGCCGACAAUGCGCACCCUUAGUCUGAACGGACAUGUAGGGUUCGACAGCAUGCCCGACCAGCUAACACACAAAUCUGCUCAAAACGGCUUCGUGUUCAACAUACUGUGCAUUGGCGAAACGGGUCUGGGAAAAUCCACGCUUAUGGACUCGCUGUUUAACACCAAUUUUGAAUCCACCCCGUCUACACACAAUUUGCCAAAUGUGAAACUCAAGGCUCACACUUAUGAGUUACAAGAGAGCAAUGUUCAACUUAAGUUGACGCUUGUCGAGACAGUUGGUUAUGGUGAUCAAAUAAAUAAAGAAGAUAGUUUCAAAUCUAUUGUAGACUACAUUGAUACACAAUUUGAAUAUUAUUUACAAGAAGAACUGAAAGUAAAGCGUUUGCUGUCAACAUAUCACGACACGAGAGUUCAUACCUGUUUAUAUUUCAUCUGUCCUACUGGACAUGGAUUAAAAUCAAUUGAUUUAGUAUGUAUGAAAAAACUUGAUACCAAGGUAAAUGUGAUUCCAAUAAUUGCCAAAGCAGAUACUAUCUCUAAGUCUGAAUUACAAAAGUUUAAGACAAAAAUAAUCACUGAAUUGCGGUCAAAUGGUGUAGAAAUCUAUGAGUGUCCAACUGAAGAUGAGACUGUAGCUGAUGUCAACUCUAAUAUGAAUUCUCAUGUACCAUUUGCUGUUGUUGGAAGCACAGAUUUUGCCAAAGUUGCAAACAAAAUGGUGCGCGCUCGUCAGUAUCCAUGGGGAACAGUUCAAGUUGAAAAUGAAUCACAUUGUGAUUUUGUUAAACUAAGAGAGAUGUUAAUUAGAACUAAUAUGGAAGAUUUGCGAGAAAAAACUCACGACAAACACUAUGAGUUAUACCGAAAAAUGCGCUUGGAACAAAUGGGCUUUAGUGAUGUGGACAACGAAAAUAAGCCACUAAGCUUUCAGGAAUCUUUUGAAGCAAAGCGUAGUCAUCAUUUACAAGAGCUACAGAACCGUGAAGAUGAAAUGAGACAGAUGUUUGUUGUCAGAGUAAAAGAAAAAGAAGCAGAAUUGAAAGAAGCUGAAAAAGAGUUACAUGCCAAAUUUGAUAAACUUAAACGUGAUCAAGAUGACCAGAAGAAGAGGUUGGAAGAACAGAGAAGAAAGUAUGAAGAUGAUCUUAUGGAGUUCAGCAAAAGGAAGCAGCAGUAUUCUAACAUGGGACAUCAUACUCUCACUUUAGGAAAGAGUAAAAAGAAAUAAAUAUUCUCAAGACGAAUAUGGUAAACUAUUAUUAUUUUAACUUUAUGAAAUGAUCAUAUAUAUUAUCAUAAAUUAUUUUACUUUUAUUUACUAGACUAAUACAUUUAUUAAUUUAUCUAUUCUAUUAAUAGAUACUGAUUAAUGAAUUUAUACUUACUAUUUUGUGUGAGAUUAAUCAAUCAAUGUGAUUAAUAAAUAAAUUGUAGAUUACAUUUUUAACAUACCAAUAGUAUAAAAUUUAAUGUAUGCAUAAAAAACAAAACUAUUUUAUAGUUAUUACUAUUUGCUACAAUAAUGUUUAAUCACAAAAAGUACCUAUAUAAUAUUGUUACAUGCUAUUAUUGUAUCCAAUUCUUAAUAUAUGAUAAUUCCUUUAUUUAAAUAUAAAUAGGGUUUAUCGGACAUAAACCUCCCCAUGGCUAUAUCUAAUUAUUUUUAUACUCCUUUAUUUGUUAUUAUUUUUACCUUUAUAAAAAUAAAUCAAAAUCCAUAGUUAAUAAUUUAUAUGAAAUUAUAUUUUUUUGUCUUAUGAUAAAAAAUAUAGUGGACAUAACAAUUACUUUUGUUUGUGCCAAAUUUUAAAUGAAUUGAAAUAAAAACAGUACAUGUUUGUCUUCCUAAAUAUUUUUUCUCUAUAAAUUACAAAAUAGUUUUACAUAAAAUAAGUUUUAUUUCCAUUUUUUUUUUUUAUUUUGUAAUUGAUUUUUUUUAAGGUUGUGUUUUGAUUUUUAUGUGCACAUUUUUUUCAUUCAAUGUUUGUGUUAAUUGCUGUAUUGUUUGGUUGGAAAAAGUAAGAUUAUAAUUGUGUAAUUUGGUUUUAAAAUAAUUUUUUACGUUUAUAUAUGUACUUAGCAGAUAAAAUAUUAAAUUUUAUUACCAUGGUUGAAAUAUACAAGGUUAUUGCAUAUAUACCUCUUCUUAAUCAAAUAUUUUAUGAUAAAAACAAAAAUGGCAGCGUAAAGGGAGCCAAUAAUAAUCAAGUAUGUAUGCGCGGAAUUUUAAAUUUGUUAGCUUAUGUCAGCGUAUUUUUGAUGAUAAGAAAAAUUGAUUUUUGUGAUAUCCCUUUACGCAGCCAUUUUGUUACUGAUGAUAAAAUCCGAUGAGCAAUAACCUGUAUAUUUCAACUAUGGUUAUUAUCAAAUCUUAAAGUUUCGAAUGGUCUAAUAUUUGCAUUUAUGUACAUGGUAAUUGGUAUUUUGAAUAUGAAAUAUUUUAUUCAUCUUAAUACCAAUGAACUAUUUAUUCUCAGCGGUUUAUUUAGAAUGAUACAUUUUGUGUUUUAUAAAUUUGUAGUCCUUAUUUUACUUAAUAAUAUUAUGUACUUGACCUUUCAUUUUUGUCCUAUUUCAUAUAAAAAUAUUGUAUAUUUAUUAAAAUUUGUAUUUGGGUUAUGUAUAGAUUUUUUCUGGUGUGACCUUGAUAAACAUUUUUACAAAAACAACAAUAUCUAGACCAUUUACUGUUCUCGUUACGAAACCGUGUAAAUUAACUACUAUCAGCUUUCAGAUUAUAUGCUUCAAUUAAUUUGUAAACAAAUACUGUGACUAACUUAUGUGUUCUAAACUGAUUUAGAUAUUUAGAUAUGCAAUUCGAUGGAUGUUGUUAUAUCAUCAAUGUGUGUAAUCUGUAAACAGUAAUAAGAUUAAAUUAUGAAGGGUUAAGUUUA